AUGGUCGCGUUGUCAAAAGCAGGUUUGGUGCAAACAUGUGAUGGAAGGCGUGGAAGCACAGAAACCACCAGCAAACUCAUUGCCCUUCGCUCAACCCACCCAGGAGAUGUUGAGCGAGCUCCGAUAUUUGCCUUCAUCACGAGGUCUGUGGUCGCCCUCGGCUUGCAUUUGCAUCCCGACCGUACCGUCACACCUUCGAGGUCCUCUCUCGGAAUGGAUAUCGGAGAAUUGGAGAAUUCGAGGGGGGGGGGAGAGAGACAAGAGAGAGAGAGAGAGGAGAGAGAAGAGAGAGAGAAGAGAGAGAGAAGAGAAGAGAGGGAGAGAGACUUGGAAACCGAGUCCAAGCGAGAAAGCACCUGCCCGUCAUCAAACUCUGACAGCGGCAUUGCCCGGCACUGGAUCAUUGAUUUUCAUGGCAGCGAUGCCAUUGUCCCCGUUAUUGUCCCCGAUAUUGUCCCCGAUACUCGAUUCGCCCGGAGACCUCGUGACCGGCGUAGCAAGAAGUCGUGA